UGGCAUGUUUUCGUGAUCCUUUCGCGGGCUUGUGUGAUGUGUGUAGAAAAUAGGUAGAUCGAGGUAGAUGGUAUGUGAUUAUUGUCGGAUUGAAUUCGCAUAAAAUGGUUCUUCAGAAUAGUGGUAAAUAUAGGUCAGAAAAGAAAGAGGCUUCGAAAGGGUUUAUAGGAUCCAGAGAAGAGACAUCAGAACUUCGACUUCGAGAAUCACUUGAAAGUGAUGCCAUUGAUUCAAAAUAUGGAUUUGAGAGGGUAGCAGAUCAUCUUGAACGGACUGGAUUUCUUAUUAACAUGCAUACUACAGAAAUACUGGAUGAAGACAAGCGACUUGUCAGUGCUGUGGACUACUACUUCAUCCAGGAGGAUGGCAGCAGAUUCAAAGUGUCAUAUCCUCGUAUGCCAUAUUUCUACAUCCUUACCAGGAAAGAUUGUAUUCAAGAAGUGUCAGCAUUCCUCACAAAGAAAUUUAGUGGCUCACUAGCUAGGGUGGAAGUGGUCACAAAAGAAGAUUUGGAUUUGCCUAAUCACCUGAUUGGUUUAAAGCAACAUUACCUCAGGUUGUCAUUUCUCACAAUAACGGACCUAUUGAAAGUACGCCGAGAGAUGAAAUCUGCAGUCAGAAAGAAUCGUGAACAACAAAAACAUAGCAAUAUUUACACAGAAAUGCUUACAACAGCUAUUGCUACAAAGGGGGAUUCUGGUACUGCUAGGAAGACUGCUGACCAGAUGGAGAACAUAAUUGAUAUAAGAGAGUAUGAUGUGCCUUAUCAUGUACGAGUGUCCAUUGAUAUGAAGAUAUUCUGUGGAACAUGGUAUUCUGUCCGAUGCCGAGGGAAUGAGGCACCUAUUAUAACAAAGAGAGAGGAUCUUAUAGAGCGUCCUGAUCCUAUUGUCCUGGCAUUUGACAUAGAAACAACUAAACUACCCCUAAAAUUUCCAGAUGCUAAUACAGAUCAGAUUAUUAUGAUCUCCUAUAUGAUUGACGGACAGGGUUUUUUGAUAACAAAUCGUGAAAUAAUUUCUGCUGAUAUUGAGGAUUUUGAGUACACCCCUAAACCUGAAUUUGAGGGUGUGUUCACAGUGUUCAAUGAACCAGAUGAAAUGAGCUUACUACAGAGGUUCUUUGAGCACAUUCUUGAUGUUAAACCCCACAUAUUUGUUACUUACAAUGGUGACUUCUUUGAUUGGCCUUUUAUUGAGGCACGAGCAGCAGUGCAUGAUCUGGACAUGAAGCAAGAGAUUGGGUUUUCUCGGAAUAGAGAUGGAGUAUACGCCUGCAGGUCAGCUAUGCACAUGGACUGCUUGUGUUGGGUGAAGCGAGACUCAUAUCUUCCUGUGGGCUCACAGAACCUGAAAGCUGUAGCAAAGGCUAAAUUAUGUUAUAAUCCAGUGGAACUUGAUCCUGAAGACAUGUGUCGACUAGCAUCUGAGCAGCCACAGGUGCUAUCAAACUACUCCGUGUCAGAUGCAGUUGCCACUUAUUAUCUUUAUAUGAAGUAUGUUCAUCCAUUCAUCUUUGCUCUUUGUACCAUCAUCCCUAUGGAACCAGAUGAGGUGCUAAGAAAAGGUUCAGGAACCCUUUGUGAAGCCUUGCUCAUGGUGGAAGCUUUCCAUGCACGGAUCAUCUUCCCCAAUAAACAGGAGUCAGAACUUAACAAGAUGACAAGCGAUGGGCAUGUUCUGGACCAGGAGACAUAUGUGGGAGGCCAUGUUGAAGCUUUGGAAUCUGGAGUAUUUCGGUCAGACAUUCCAUGUCGUUUCAGGCUAGUUCCUGAAGCCUUUGACAAACUAAUAUUUGGGGUGGAGCAUGCAGUGAGGCAUGCUAUUGAGCAGGAAGAAAAGAUACCAUUGAGUAUGGUAACCAACUUCAGUGAAGUUGUAGCUGACAUAAAACGCAAACUUAGUUUACUUCGUGACAAUCCCCAGUGUACUGAGAAACCUAUCAUCUAUCACUUGGAUGUUGGUGCUAUGUAUCCCAACAUUAUCCUAACAAACCGCUUGCAGCCAUCUGCAAUGGUAGAUGAGAUGGCUUGCGCUGCAUGUGACUUCAACAGACCUGGUGCUACGUGCCAACGCAAUAUGGCAUGGAUGUGGAGAGGAGAAUACAUGCCUGCCAGUCGUAGUGAGUUCCAGCGAAUCCGGCAGCAGUUGGAAACUGAGAAGUUCCCACCAUUGUUUCCUGGUGGACCUAACAGAGCAUUCCAUGAAAUGAGUCAGGAGGAUCAAGCAGCUUAUGAGAAGAAACGUUUAUCAGAGUACUGUCGUAAAGCAUACAAGAAAGUUCAUGUGACACGGACAGAAGAGCGAUACACAACUAUCUGCCAGAAAGAGAACAGUUUCUAUGUGGAUACUGUUCGUGCAUUCAGAGAUCGGCGCUAUGAAUACAAGGGUUUAUCUAAGAUGGCAAAGAAGCAAGUAGCACAAGCUCUGGCAAAAGGAGAUGCUGGUGAAAUAAAAUCUGCAAAGAACAGAGAAAUUCUGUAUGAUUCCUUGCAGUUGGCUCAUAAGUGCAUCCUCAAUUCUUUUUAUGGAUAUGUCAUGAGAAAGGGUGCUCGCUGGCACAGUAUGGAGAUGGCAGGGAUAGUGUGCUAUACUGGUGCUGCCAUCAUCACUAAGGCUCGUGAAAUUAUUGAACAAGUUGGUAGACCUUUAGAACUCGACACAGAUGGGAUCUGGUGUGUGCUGCCAGAAUCAUUCCCUGAGAAUUAUGUUAUUAAAAGUACACAUCCAAAGAAACCCAAGGUGGAGAUCUCAUACACCAAUGCCGUACUGAACUCCAUGGUAAAGGAUCAUUUUACUAAUGAUCAGUACCAUGAGCUGAUGGAUCCAGAGACAUUAACAUACACACAGCGUAGUGAGAAUUCAAUUUUCUUUGAAGUAGAUGGUCCAUAUCUUGCAAUGGUAUUGCCAGCUUCAAAAGAGGAAGGAAAGAAACUCAAGAAACGUUAUGCAGUGUUCAAUUAUAACGGAACUCUAGCGGAAUUAAAAGGUUUUGAAGUUAAACGCAGAGGAGAGUUGCAGCUCAUAAAAAUCUUCCAGUCUUCUGUGUUUGCUGCAUUCCUGAAGGGUAAUACAUUGGAGACUUGUUAUGAGUCUGUUGCAAAAGUGGCUGAUUAUUGGCUUGAUGUUCUGUAUAGUAAGGCUUGCAACAUGCCUGAUUCGGAAUUGUUUGAGCUGAUAUCAGAAAAUCGCUCCAUGUCUCGCAAGCUUGAAGACUACGGCAGCCAGAAGUCUACGUCAAUAUCUACUGCAAAGCGUUUAGCAGAGUUUCUAGGAGACCAAAUGGUAAAAGAUGCAGGUCUUGCUUGCAGAUUUAUCAUAUCAAAGAAACCAGAAGGAGCACCUGUCACUGAAAGAGCCAUCCCACUAGCCAUUUUCCAGUCAGAACCUAGCAUAAAGCGGCAUUAUCUGCGCAAAUGGCUUAAAGACUCAUCUCUUAAUGACAUAGACAUCCGUCAAGUACUCGACUGGGACUACUACAUUGAGAGAUUGGGUGGUACCAUUCAGAAAAUUAUCACCAUCCCAGCUGCUAUGCAAGGGCUAGCAAAUCCUGUGCCCAGGGUGAGGCAUCCUGAUUGGCUGCACAAAAAAAUACUAGAGAAGAAUGACACAUUGAAACAGAGGAGGAUCAAUGAAAUGUUUCCUGUGAAACCUAAGAACUCAGAGCCGCAGAUUGAUCCUGAAACAGAUUUAUUUGCAACACAAUCAAGGCUCCAAGCAGAACAAAUUGACAUUGAAGAUGUAGCCAGCCGACCCCAAGAGUACAGAAGUACAAGCGGGCGGCCUCUGGUCACUAAGAGGAAACGUAUGCCUUCAGGAACCAUGAGCUCCCCUACACAGUCCACCACAUUGACACAGAGCUGGAGAGAUGUGCUUGGUCCUCCUCCCCCACUCGGCGACACUAAGGAAUCUCGUUUGGCUUGGCUGCAGUAUCAUAAAAAGAAAUGGGCCCUUCAAGCUAAGCAAAGGUCAGAACGAAACAGUUUUGGGAAACGUACUCGUAUCGGAGAUUCUGUUGAGGGACAUGGACAGGCUGGAAGUUUGCUAGCUAUGGGAAGGAACCCAGCUGCAGGUACCCUUGGAGGAUUCUUGCGUCGGGCACAACGAACACUCUUAGAUACACCAUGGCAAAUAAUACAGCUUUCAGAGACAAAUAAAUCAGGAGUAUUUAAAGUCUGGGCUUUGGUGGGGCAAGAACUUCAUAAUAUCCGAUUGAUUGUGCCACGAAUCUUCUAUGUAAACCAGCGCUUUCCUCGCCCAGAGCCAAACAAAGACGAAGCUGCACUUUGGAGGAAAUGCAGCCGUAUUCUGCCUCGCUCUCGUCCUGUGUUCAACUUGUAUGAGUAUACAGUGCCUGAGGAUUUGUAUCGGGAGCAUAGUCAGGAGCUGACUGCAGACUUGUCAAUGCCUGACAUAGAAGGCAUAUAUGAAACUCAAGUAUCACUGGAGUUUCGUGCCCUGCUUCAUCUUGGUUGUGUAUGCACUGUUGAACGCAAUGAAGCUCGACGAUUGGCAGCAGUAGGCUUACGGGAUGGUACUGAUACAUUCUCCAUGCACCAGCUCCAGUUUCGCAGUCUGGCACACCAUCCGUACCUACAGCCACAGGCUGGAAUACUCCAGCAUUUGUAUCUCUAUCACAGUCGAGCUCCUACUGGACAGCGUGCCAUGUUUGGUCUGUUCCUGACACCAAGCAGGCGUGUUGUUGUGUUUGUGUUGGAUACAGUUCGCACCAACCAGAUGCCCAAUAUGGCAAAUCUGUACAGCAAUGAACGCAGUGAAAAGAUAAAAAGGGGGAAAUCUGAAGAUUCGCUUCCUCCGAAAAACCUUACAUUUGAAGUCAGAGUUGAGACAGAUGCUCGACAAGUAUACAGACUCAUUCAGAGGGCUCUGCAAGACUACAGGGAUGAAAAGAAAGGACCGACAUUACUGUCUGUACAAUCACCUCUUGAUUUGCAGACACUGAGUUCCCUGAUGCCUGGUCUGGGAGAACUCCCUCUUGUUCCAGUUCAUGUUCAGGACGCUGAAGGUGUCUGGGACCUAAACUGGCAGCGAACUGGGGCUCGCAACAUGUUGCGACAUUACCUAAACAGUGAGACUAUACUUGAACUCACUGCAGAGCAGGCUCGCUACUUCCAUGUUCCUCUAGGAAAUCUUCCAGCUGACCCAACCAUUUUUGCUGCCGAUCUCUUCUAUGCCCGCCAUCUUAUGAAACACAACUUCCUCCUUUGGUGUUCUCCAACUGAACGCCCAGAUCUCGGAGGAAGAGAAGCAGAUGACAAUAGGCUAUUGACAGAGUGUGAAGAGAAUUCAAGUGUUGUAACGAACAACCCAGGGUGCUAUUCCACUGUCUGUAUUGAGUUGAACAUUGAUGGUUUGGCUGUCAACACGCUCUUACAGUCUCAUCAUGUCAAUGAUAUUGAAGGUACUAGUUCCAGUGUGUCUUUUGACACAAUUCCACAGGCUUCUCUGGAAGACAUGAUGGGAGGGCAAGUCACUGUUCUACCAAGUUAUGAUGAGACGGCACUAUGUAGUGGAGCAUUCAGGGUUCUUCGCUCCAUGGUGAGCGCCUGGCUGCGGGAUGUAUCUCUGUAUAAGAAUGUAUUUGCAGACUUCCAGAUCCUUCAUUUUUACAGGUGGUUAAGGUCAUCCAGUGCCCUAUUGUAUGACCCGGCUCUCAGAAGAACUUUGCAUAAUCUGAUGAAAAAAUUGUUUAUGCAGCUAGUUGCAGAAUUCAAGAGGUUGGGGUCUGUCAUCAUUUAUGCUAACUUUAACAAGAUUAUCAUUUGCACUAAGAAGCGCACCAUUGAGGAUGCAAUUGGCUAUAUUGAAUUUGUGGUGCAGAGUAUUCGAAACAAAGAACUGUUUCAUGGUAUUGACAUCUCAUACCAGCAGUGCUGGGAAUAUCUCAUGUGGCUGGAUCCCUCAAACCAUGGUGGAGUGCAGGGUAAGCUGCCAGCUGGUCUUACUGAGGUUGGUGUUGGGCAAGAUGGCAGCACUGCCACGAAACACAAUGAGGAGGAAGCUGAGGAAGAUGAACGGGAAAGCAAUGAGGACAUAAACGAUGAGGAAGAUGAUGAAGGGCCAGCUAUAUUGAUGAACUGGAAUGUGGUGGAGCAUCUGCGUAAUGUAGGUGGAUGUCGUGAAUACUUCGGUGCUGUGAUUGCUGGUUACAUCAGUGCUAUCUACCAACAUCUGCAACAUGUAGAACAGCCACAGACCCCUGUGAGACGCCGUCGACUUGGCAGUCAGAGUCAAAUAUUACCUCAGCCUCUUGGUAUUGGUCGCUUUGCAACAACUGCAGAAUUUGCAAAGCAACUUAUUAAUGGAGAAAUGGCUCAGAAAUUAUACAAGAUUACACAAACCAUACAUGAGAAGGCCCUGAAGCAAGCGAAGAACCUCAUUAAGGAGAAUGAUGAAGAUCAGUUUUCUUGGUCAAAAAACUCACAUAUGGACCUAGAAAAAGUAUCCCUUGAAUUUGUCAAGACUGUAUGCAAGGUGUUGUCAUUGGACUCCAGUGUACAAGACGAGGUUACAAAGGUUCGUCGGAACAUGUUGCGACUGAUCAAUGUUGGAGACUUCAGUGAUGAAGCUGUAUGGCAUGAUCCUUGUGUUUCCUUUGUCUUACCAGAAGUAAUCUGCAAGGCAUGUAACCAUUGUCGAGACAUAGACCUCUGCAAGGACAAUUAUCAAAGUACUGAAAAUGACAGUCCUGUUUGGCAGUGUCCACUGUGCCGCACCAGCUAUGAAAAUAGUGAAAUAGAAUACCUCCUGCUAGACAUAAUGCACAGGAAAGCAAUGGCUUACACACUGCAGGAUCUUCAAUGUAAGAAAUGUCUACAGAUUAAAAUGGAGAACAUGCCUGAGUACUGCAGCUGUGCAGGAGACUUCCAAACGCUUGUAUCAAGAAAUGACUUGGCAGUUUAUCUCAAGAUAUUUCGUGGCAUUGCACAGCAUUUCAAGAUGCCAUUACUUCUGGAGACUGUUGAAUUCAAUAUACAGAUGAAUCCAGGUUUAAUUGCUUGACACUGAGAACAUGCAGUGUUAUACUGAAGACGUGUAUCUGUUCAUAGCAAAGGGAAUGCUCUCAUUGAUAUUUUCAGGAUCUUGUAUCUUUCUCCAGGAAAUACUUCCAAUGAGGAAACAUGAAUAUUCUGUUCUGAUGUCAGCUAACCAUCCUGAAUACAUUUGCUCAAGCGUUACUUUCCUGGUUAAGUUUUUAUAUUCUGAUUCUCAAUCAGAUUUAUGAGAUCUUGUUGGCAGAGGACAGUAAGUACUGAAAAUGAUAUGAAAUUGUAUUUUUCUGACAGUUUAAAAAUGGCUGAUAAGUCAUGAGGGAUUCAUGUCACCUGUGUCAGACAUAGCAUGUGAACUCAGCCAUUUCCUACUGUAUGUUUAAAAUAUUCAUGUGACGAAUGUAACAGCAUAUGCAAUGAUUUAAAAAAAUGAUUUUCUUUCAUUUCAUAGUUGUGAAAAAAAUGUUAACUUCCACCCAUUUUCCCUGUAGAUGUAUGUUUGAUUUUGAGAAAUGUGGAUUAUAUGGUUUGUGAUUUAUUGACGCACCUUUUAUGGCACAUCUGCAAUCCUGAAGAGCAUCUAUUUCAUUAUCUGAAUCAGACCAGUUGUCAGUAUGCAGGAAACAGCUCAAAAUCUGGACAGAUUUUUCAUUAAAUUUUAUACUCGAGAAAGAAAAGAAAAAAUGAGUCAUUUCAAUUUUCAUUUAGAUUGAACAGUUUUAGCGGACAUAAUACCUUAAGACCUACGUACAUUUUUGCACAUAUCUUGAAUGUAACUUGCUACAUAUUUGAGCAAGAAAUAUUUUAAGCAAAAGAUGUGGAGAAAAAUGAAACAAAUUUUAUGUACAGGGCACUUCUGCAAGUCUCAUGGUUUCUCAGAUAAUUAAACAAAUCAGGCAGUAUGAUACAUUUCCCUAUAUCUGUAUUCAAGAAUUAGCAUGGGCUCCCAGUCACACUUGAACAUUACUGUUGGAUUCUCCAUAUUUUUAUUAUUCAUAUAUAUUUCCUCUUCAUUUGAAUAAUUGGGAGUAUACUGUAUUACUUUUAUACUGGUUUGCUUCUGUUUUUA